ACUAGAAAUCUGUCCUAAAAAAGGCACCAGUACAGUGUGAACUUUUAUGUCCGCGUUAAUGCUCAUUUUGUCUUUCUACCUGUUCACCUACGGCGGGACAAACUGGACGUUAUUCAUUAUUUGUGUCAGGAGGAACUCGACGCUUCUCUGGCGAGCUUAGCUUAGCAUGCUAGGGAGCUUGCUAGCUGCUAGCAAAGAGAGGCGGAAGUGUGGCCAAAUAGCGAUGACGUGUGAAAUGUCACGUGUGACGUACAAAUCGUGAUGCGUGGAAAUGUGUGACGUACUAAUGCUGCCAGUGUGGGGGAAUCAGUGAGUAGUUGAGGGGGAACUUUGUCCAAGUAAAGUGGAGAAGGAGCCACAACGUCAACGACUGGACGCAGUUUGGAAGAAACAUCAAGUUGUGUCACACACAUCAGGAGUGGACCACCGGGAUGGAUCAGUGGGUACCACAGCCCCUCCCACGUUAAAGAGGAAGAGGAGGACCACAGCAUCAGUCUCUUGGAGGAGCUUGAUGUCAACAAGAUGCCAGUGACUGGUGUGCUUGUGAAGGGUGAAGAUGAUGAGGAGAGAGAGGAAAAGCCUCCAAGCAGCAGCUCAGCUCAACACAUGACAAGAGAAGCUGGUGGAGACCACUGUGGAGGACCACCAGCAGACAAGAUCUCAGCUCCACGGUCGAGGUCACACUCUCCUGACUCUGAUGAUGGAGGACCACCAGCAGACAAGAUGUUAGCCCCACAAUCAAGGUCACACUCUCCUGACUCUGAUGAUGGAGGACCACCAGCAGACAAGAUGUUAGCCCCACAAUCAAGGUCACACUCUGACUCUGAUGGAGACCACAGUGGAGGACCACCAGCAGACAAGAUGUUAGCCCCACAAUUAAGGUCACACUCUCCUGCCUCUGAUGAUGGAGACCACAGUGGAGGACCACCAGCAGACAAGAUUUCAUCUCCACAAUUAAGGUCACACUCUCCUGCCUCUAAUGAUGGAGACCACAGUGGAGGACCACCAGCAGACAAGAUGUUAUCUCCACUAUCAGAUAGUGACGACACGACGUCACAAUCUCCUGACUCCGACGAUGAAGAUACUAAAGCACACUUGACAUGUUCUCACUGUGAUAAAACCUUUCAUCGCCGUCGUAACCUGAAGAGACACAUGAGAAUACACACCGGAGAAAAACCAUACAUGUGCUCAGUCUGUAGUAAAAGAUUCUCUCGGAAGGAAGAUGUGAAAAUCCACAUGAGAAUACACACUGGGGAGAAGCCCUUUGACUGUCCUUUUUGUGGGAAAGGUUUCAAACAGAAUAAGCAUCUGAAAAUACACAUAAGAAUACACACGGGAGAAAGACCCUUUUCUUGUUCAAUCUGCAGCAAAGGUUUUACACAAAGUCACUGUUUGAAAGUACACAUGAGAAUACACACUGGCGAAAGACCAUAUUCCUGUUCGAGCUGCGACAAAAGCUUUGCUGACCGAUCGACACUUGUCAAACACAUGAGGACACACACGGGUGAGAAGGUGUUGAGUUGCAGUGUGUGUGGUGAAAGCUUCUCCUAUAAGUACCAGUGGAAGAAACACAAGUGUGCUGCUGACAACAGCAGCAAAUGAUACAUAUAUGUAAGUACCAGUGGAAGAAACAACGCAGCAAAUGAUACAUAUUAGGGGUGUAACGGUACGUGUAUUUGUAUUGAACCGUUUCGGUACGGGGGGUUCGGUUCGGAGGUGUACCAAACGAGUUUCCACACGAACAUAUAAAGCUAAAGUCUUAACAAGCUGCUCCGCUUCCUUCUGCGCAUGUAGUCGGUUCUUAGCAUUUAGCAGGUAAGCAUCAGGCAGCGGACUCUCCCCAAGUUAUAAUAAACACCUCCCAGUCAACUAUUAGUAACAUCAUGAUGAGCCCGUUGACCUUCUAGAAAUAUAAACUGCCGUUUCAGCUCGCUCGCAGUCCUGGCUUGAGGUGAAGGCUAAUUCGCUUUUAGCGUAACGUUAGCUCAUUUUGCGGUGUGUGUGUGUUACGGACAGCAAAGCCCUGUCUGUCUGUUAUUUCACUUGACCUUUUUCUGUGUUGAUUGAGCUGUGUUGAAGCAGCAAAAAAGGACAUUAUGUUAAAUGAAGAGUUUCUGUCUCUGAUAGUUGAUAUAAUAAUGUAAGUGCAUCAUAAAGCCUACAUGAACUCCAUGGUGUUCAGGGAUGAAUAGUCUCUCCUAUUGCUAUUGUACUAUUUUUUCAGCUAGUUACAUUAAUCAUUAGUAAUGGAGCAGCCUAGUUUUGAAUGGCAGGGUCCCUGCUGUCACAUGUUGAUACAAAUAUAAAAUGCACAUAAUGAAAAUCAACUACAGGCUUCCCAAAUGCUGUAAUAAAUUAAGCAUGAUGAGUUGACUUGAAACUGUUUAAUGCUGCACUUUUUUUAUGUAGAAGUUUUGUCAUUUUAUUUAAUCUGAGCAACAACUUGAGGCAGUUUAAUGUUGAUUAACAUGGGCAGAAUUAUUAUAGUGUUCCCAAUGUUAAAAGGAUAAAGCCAUUGUUUACAAAUUUGGUAUAUAACCAAAACAUUUAUAUUUUGUUGCUUUCUUACUGUACCGAAAAUGAACCGAACCGUGACCUCUACACCGAAAUUUUUGUGUACCGUUACACCCGUAGUACCAGUGGAAGAAAGAAAGCAGCAAAUGAUACAUAUAUAUAAGUACCAGUGGAAGAAAGAAAGCAGCAAAUGAUACAUAUAUAUAAGUACCAGUGAAAGAAAGAAAGCAGCAAAUGAUACAUAUAUAUAUAAGUACCAGUGGAAGAAACAAGUAACAGCCGCAGAAAAUGAAGCUGCAGGAUUUAAAAUAAAGUGUCAAAACUUUGACUUGACUAACAUGAGCACAUGUGACAUGUGACAUCAUUGUUAAUAUGAUGCUAACAUUUAUAGAUGACAUGUUUUAGAUCACUGCUGUUUAUUU